AACAAGAUGAUAAGCAUUCUAUGCAAAACUAGCUCUAACUUGACUUUAUUUGUUUCGAGUUAUAUUAAAUCAACGUUAUAUUAAAAAAGUAACUAGUUCAAUAGUUUUUCAAUGAUUUUAAAUGUAUUGCACGCUAUAAGCUCUAUGGACUGGCCGGUCAAAUGAGGUGAUGAACAACGUCGAACGUUUUGACCAGACACUAACUCGUAUUUCCAAAACCGUGCAAAAAGCGAAAGAUAUCGAAAUAUAAUUAAUCUCCUAUCUCGCGUGGUGCAAACAUUGUUUUAAAAACACGUAGAUAACUGCAUAAUUAAAUAUGUUAUUGCCGCUAAAUACGAUUUUUUCUAAUCGAACGUCAGUCUUUUUCCGCGGAGGCUGGUUAGCGAUAUCCAGCUCAUCAGCUGAUAGUCGCCGAGUAUUAGUGCACAUAUUUAGGCAAUCGCGCGCUUCUCGAUGCACGUAAGCUCACCUCUAUCUUGUUUUCUUGCUUGGACGUUGUUGUUUAUUCGCGCGUCUGCCUUUUAUUUUUACUCUUGCUUUUCUUUCUGUUAAAAAAGACUGAGUUUGUACAUACGUGAUGCUCCAUCGCUAAUGAGAUUGCAAUUGACCUUGCCUUUUGGGUGGAUUAUCAGUGGUUUGUGUGAGUCCGGCUGAAAUUCUGGCAUCUUCCGACUAUCGCGAUGACAGCUGUCUACUUUGUCUUGCACUAAUUUAUUCGAUCGAUAGACUCUUUAAACUUUUACAUGCUAUGUCUUUGAUGGCGAUUAUUUUUAAGUAACCCGAUUAUGAACUUUUAUUUAUACAGCACUGAUGGCAAAUUGCUAAUUUCACAGAAUUCAUCUGGCAAAAUAAUUUGCUGCGACAAAUCUUAAUGUCCAAUCGUUUAAAUGAUCGUUUUUAGAAAAAGUAUAAUGAAGUUGAGAUAAAUGUUAGGAACCAAGUUUGUUUAAAAAAAGAGAAAUCGCUUUCUAUAAUGAAAUUAAACUGUCUCCCAUAUAGGUACGAAUUUGCCACUCAAGAUUUCCUAAGUGUAUAAUUCAAUUUAUUGAAUUUCAUUCAUAGAUAUCAAUUAACUUUGCUCAAUGAUUACAAUCAUAUGAUUGUGUUACGUUGCAUGACUUGUAAACGUUGAAAAUCACCUAACCUUUAGACAUCUAAUAGAACAUUUUUACUGAGUUGUGUUAUCAUAAAUAUGAGUGCAUAUCAUUAAUUCAAUCUCGAAUGGAAGAUUCUCUUGCACAUUUCGAAGUUUCAUAUUGGCAGCGCACGCAGGUCAGGGGUCGCGAGCGCACAGCGGGCUAAUCUCGCGCCGGCCGGUAAUUUCGGGGGUAUAAAAGCCGGGAGCCGCGGACCGACCAGCAUCAGUCUGCCCGCCCUGGCAGAAGAGAAGUUUGCAUCUGAUCCGAGGGAAAAGAGCACGCAGCAAUCAUGAUGCGCAACUGCAUCGUCUUCGCCCUGUUCGUGGCGAUGGCGGCUGCUGGCCAGUCCUACCCGGGCUUCUACAGCAAGACCGCCGACAUGGAGUUCCUGCACAAGCAGAAGAAGAUCUUCGACCUGCUGAUGUACGUCGACCAGAACGUGCUCACCGACACCGAGUACUUCGAGUUCGGCCGCAACUUCGACAUCGCCGCCAACGUGGACUACUUCACCAACAAGGAGGCAGUCCACGACUUCCUGGUCUACUUCAAGAGCGGCUUCCUCGCCAAGGAUGCCCUCUUCACCUACUACAAGCAGGAGCACCGCGAGGAGAUGAUGCUGCUCUACCGGCUGUUCUACUUCGCCAAGGACUUCACGACCUUCUACAAGACCGCCUGCUGGGCCCGCAUCCAUAUCAACCCGGGCAUGUUCACCGCGGCCUUCACCACCGCCGUCAUCUACCGCGAGGACACCAAGUACAUCCGGCUGCCGGCCAUCUACGAGAUCUACCCCAACCUCUUCUUCGACGCCAAGGUCAUCCGCGACGCGCACCGCCUGAAGAUGACCCGCGGCUACGGCUACCACGGCUACGGCCACCACAUGCCCUUCGCCAAGGGCAGCUUCGAGAACGUCGAGACCUUCUACGUCUACUCCAACUUCACGGACGUCUGCAUCAACCCGACCAACGCCCUCGAGUACAAGCUCAACUACUUCACCGAGGACGUCGGCCUCAACGCCUUCUACUACUACUUCCGCAUGAGUUUCCCCUUCUGGAUGGACACCAAGGACUACGAGGUGCCCAAGAGUUUCCGCGGUGACUUCUACUACUUCAUGCACAAGCAGAUCAUGUCGCGCUACUACCUCGAGCGCUUCUCCAACGACCUCGGCGAGAUCGAGGACUUCAGCUGGGACUCGAUGAGCCUGCCCGGCUUCUACUCGGACAUCAGCUUCUUCAACGGCGUCUCCAUGCCCCGCCGCGACUGGUGGAACGUCGUGCCGUUCUACAAGUACAAGUACGUCGAGUACGUCAAGCAGCUCGAGACCCGCAUCCUCGAAGCCAUCGACUCCGGCUACUUCUACGACACCAUGGGCAAGCAGAUCAGCUUCUACACGCCCGAGGGCCUCAACUACCUCGGCAACAUCAUCGAGGGCAACUGCGACUCCUUCAACAUCAAGUACUACGGCGCCUACGACCUGCUCGCCCGCGACAUCCUCGGCAUGAACUUCGACUGCAAGUGCAAGGACUACUACGUGCCCAGCGCGCUCCAGCUCUUCUCCACCAGCAUGCGCGACCCGGCCUUCUACCGACUCUACGACAGAAUCCUCUUCUUCUUCCACAAGUACAAGUCCCACCUGACCCGCUACACCAAGAGCGAGCUCGAGUUCCCCGGAGUGAGGUUCGAGGGCGUCGAGGUCGACAAGCUCUUCACCUACUUCGACAAGAAGGAGUACUUCAUCAACAACGCCGUCGCCGUCGACAGCUUCAAGGAGGGCAAGUCCUUCAGCAUCAAGGCCUGGCAGUACAACCUCAACUACAAGCCCUUCACCUACAAGUUCGCCGUCAACAGCGACAAGGACACCAAGGCCGUGAUGCGCGUCUUCCUGGGACCCGCCGUCGAGGGAGACAAGUACGACGACUACUCCUACCUUCUCCACUACUACCAGUACUUCUUCAUGCUCGACGAGUUCGAGGUCAACCUGAAAUCCGGAAUGAACAACUUCGACCGCCUCAGCACCGACUCGUUCUUCUUCAAGGGAGAAUACAUGACCGGUGACCAGUUCUACAAGAAGGUCCUCAACGCCAUCGAGGGUCACGCGCCCUUCCAAUACGACAACCGCAUGUUCGGCUUCCCCAACCACAUGAUGCUGCCCAAGGGUAAGGUCGACGGUAUGAGGUUUAAGCUCUUCUUCUACCUUGGCCCGUACCAAGAAGUCAAGAGCUUCGAGCUCCCGAUCUUCGGCAACUUCAAGUACUACGGCAAGUCCUUCGGCUUCCCACUGGACCGUCCCAUGUUCCCCUGGUUCUUCAAACUCGACAACUGCUACUUCAAGGAUAUCUUCAUCUACCACAUGAAGGACUACGACGUCAAGUUCAGCCACCAGUACUAGGCCGACUUUUGUCGAGACGAACGCUGAGACUCCGGUCCCUAUGCGCGAUCGGGCUAUGUACAGCGAUAUAGUUUCACAAGAGGGAGCGAGUCUGACGAAACCAUAAGACCUACUACUUUUUUAUAUUUCUCUAAUACGAUAGGUGAUUAUCGAGGGAUCCGUUCAGGAUUCCUCCCUGAUUACAAAUAGAUUUUAAUAAAUGAAUCACUCAAAACUA